AUGCUCUCUAGACAGCUAAGACAGGUCUCGUCGAGGCUAUCAGUGGUUGGCAGCAGUGCUGCUCGUGCCUACUCGACCUCAGUGGUGCCAGAAGCCGAGAAAGCUCUGCAACAACAGGCUCCUAACCGAGUUGACACAUGGGCACCUUCGCAAAGGCCACGAGCUGAAGCUCAAGUGGGACCCCGAUUCGAACAACACUCUUUGGAAUUACAACCCCGUCCGUAUGCUGCCAUUGACCUGAUUGCCAAAGAACCCAUCAGAUACGUCCACGACCACAGCGCGGUCUGUGACGGUGGAAAGGGCGCUCAAGGCCACCCCAAGAUCUUCAUCAACCUCGACAAACCCGGUCCUCACGCCUGUUUAUACUGCGGUCUCCGCUACGCCAACGAGCACCACAGAGCCGAGAUCGAGGCCGCUUCCGCCUAA